UCAUUUAAUCACUAUGUCCCUCAACACACACACUUCACUUUGUGGUAACAAUACAAUGGGUAACAACGUUCCAAAUAGAAUGGAAGAAGCAAUUGAACAACAUCAACCCCUAGGUCACACUGAAAGGGAGUUAGGGCUUCAAUCCCAAACUCCCAAAACGACGUCGUUACAAUCCGAUCCCAAUUCCCAAAACCCUAACGAAAACCAACCAAAAACUGAUGAUGAAGAUGAGAUGGCGAUGAAAAUCAUAUGUGAUGAGCGUCAAAACAAUCUAGUCUUGAGCCAGGUUUUGGAACUUGAUCAUCAAGAAAAUGGAAAAAUGAAGGAAAGAUUGGAAAGUGAGGUUGAAAAUAAUGUUGAAGAUGAGAUGGCGAUGCAAAUCAUAUGUGAUGAGCUUCAAAACAAUCUGGUCUUGAGCCAGGUUUUGGAACUUGAUCAUCAAGAAGAUGGAAAAAUGAAGGAAAGAUUGGAAAGUGAGGUUAAAAAUAAUGUUGAACGGAAUGAUGAUGAUGGAUGGGGAUAUGAUGGUGAUGAUGGAUGGGGUUAUGAUGAUGACGAAAACAGGAGCGAAAGUCAAAAUAAUGGGGAAAAAGAAAAUGGAUUUGAAGAAGGGGAUUCUUCUAAGGAAGUAGGGUUUAAUAAAGCUAAUAGGAUUAAGAGGAAGUUUAAUUCUCGUUUAAGACCUGAUGCUCAGGGUUGUCCUUAUAAAUUGAAAACAGGGACGUGUAAAUUUGGAUCUAAUUGCAAGUUUAAUCACCAUCCCAAAAGAAAAUUCCAGCCUCUUCUAUCAAUUCUUCAGCAGGGGACAAAGGAGAAGGGGAAGCAAAGGGAAGAAAGCCAAGAGAGGCCGGGGCAGAUUGAAUGCAAGUAUUACCUGACAUCAGGGGGUUGCAAGUAUGGAAAAGCUUGUAAAUUUAGUCAUAGUAGGGAAAAGGGUUCCAUCUCACCGAUUGUGGAGUUCAACUUUCUUGGCCUGCCCAUUCGACUGGGGGAAAGGGAGUGCCCUUACUAUAUGCGUACUGGCUCUUGCAAGUAUGGGUCCAACUGUAGGUUUCAUCAUCCUGAUCCUACCACUGUGGCUGGAGCUGAUCCUCCUCCUGGAUAUAACAACGCGGGAGCUGUUCCCAUACAAGCUUCCUCCCAUUCAGCUGCAUCUUCUUGGUCUUCACCAAGAGCAUUGAAUGACACAGCUCCUUAUGUACCAAUGAUGUACCCACCAACCCAAGGCAUUCCUUCUCCAAAUACUGAAUGGAAUGGGUAUCAGGCCCCGGUCUAUCCAACAUCAGAGAAGAGGCUACCUACUCCUCCAGCAUUUGCUAUGAAUAACCCGGCGACCAAGACCAAUUUCUAUCCACGGCCUCAACAGCCCCUGCUGAUUGAUGAAUAUCCUGAACGUCCCGGUCAACCUGAAUGCAGUUUCUUCAUUAAAACUGGAGACUGCAAAUACAAAUCUAACUGCAAAUUUCAUCAUCCAAAGUCUCGAAUAUCAAAAGCAAACUCAAGUAUUCUUAAUGACAAGGGCCUGCCACUAAGACCUGAUCAAACUGUCUGCUCAUUCUACAGUCGCUAUGGGAUAUGCAAGUUUGGUCCUGCCUGUAAGUUUGAUCAUCCAGAAAAUUAUGUUAGAUCUGCUGCAUCUACCGAGUCUGGCUUUGAUCAGCAUCAGCAAUCACAGAUGUCUCCAGGAUGGCAACUGGAAGGGGAUCACUGAUACAUCAGUCUGUAUAAUUUUUAGACCAGUUUCAUCUAGAGUUUAGUUCAACCCAUAAGCUGAUAGUUGAUUUUCUGAGACUUGAAACGACACCAACUUGAGUAUAAGUUCUCAGAUCUAUUUAGAGGAUGGGAUGAUAAUCUCUCUAUGUUUAAUGUAAAAGCGCAAGCGGAAUAGGAUACUGUAAAUUAUUGAUAGAGCAUUUUGUUUUAGAUUAAAUGAAGAAUAUUUGGAUACUGAUGUUGGGUGUUACGGUUUGAGCAGGGGGAAUGAUCUGGGUUAUUUAUCAUGUUUUCCCCUUUGAAUACAGCUUCAAAGAUUUAUGAUUUU